UAUUUUUUUUGCACAGCCUGUUGCGUGUACGUCGCUGUUACACACGAAAGUGGAUAAAGCAAUGAAAAAAGACGAACGAAAAAGCUUAGAAAAAUGUUUUCAAGACAUCAAUCGUACUUAUGUCAGAAUAAGAAAGGAAAAUAAAAUAAUGAAUAAUCAAAUUUUAUUCAAAGCCCUCAAUCAAUUAAUCAAUACUAUGAAAUCAAAAAAUGGCUUAUUUCGUAAUAUGAAACCAAAACUCGAAUUUUUAGGCAGCUACUUCGAUGGAGUAAGAGUGAAACAUCCUUCGGAAUAUGAUAUAAAUUUGAUUCUUACCAUACCUAUCAACUAUUGUAAAGUUAGUCUUGAAGCUGCAGAAUCACAAAACGGAUAUACUUUUGUGAUAAUGCCAUCAGAGUUUCGAAGAUUAUCAAAAACACCACAGACGACUAUGAAAGGGUUUAUAAACACUAUAUUAUGGUGCGAUAAAAAUCAUCGCCUGAGUGUCAAAAGAUUCAGGUCGUGGAUACAAAGCGUUAUAGAUAUCGCUCUGGGGCAUCUUCAUGACGUUAACGAAUAUGGGUUUCAAGAGAACAGGAAUGCUUUUCAAAUUCAACAUAGGCUGUCUGGACCUGCCAAUACACUGACGUUAAAAAACAACGAUCAUGUCAUAGAUAUUGAUUUGGUUCCUUCACUUUCAUUUAUGCUACCUAAGAUCCCUAAUAAUUCCAAAAUUGAUUUAGACAAAAUAAGCGCAACAAAAAUUAAUCAAUACUUUGUAGUACCUAAACCCUCCAAUGAUGACUACAGCUGGCGAUUGGCGUUUCCAUUUCAAGAAAGAUUUUAUAUAUAUAAUAAAUAUAAUUUGAAAUCAACACUGAAAAUUAUAAAACUCUUACGUGAUACUCAAAAUUUAAAAACUUUAUCAAGUUAUUAUAUAAAAACUGUAUUUUUAUGGGAAUCUUUUAGAACAGAUGAGAAUUUUUGGAAGUCGAACGCUUUGGAAUUCCUAGUUUUACACAUGUUAAAGAGAUUGAACGAAUGUUUGUUCACAGGCAAAAUAGCCAACUUUUGGUGUAAAGAACAUAAUUUGCUUGAAAACAUAAAAAAGGAAACAUGUAAGACAUGGUUUAAUAAAUUAUCUAUUGUAAUCAAUAACAUAGACAGAAAUAAAUUCGUAAACCCAGAAAUAGUCUACAUAUAUUUUACUAAAGAAAAUAAAAAUAAACAAAAAUGCAUUCAAUGAUCCAAUUCGUUUCAUGUUGUAGAAUAAUAUAAUUAUUGUAAUUGUAUCUUUGUUGUGUAAUUUGAUAAUAGAAAUGUUGUUUUAUUAAUAAUCUAUCAGCACGCAAAAGAAAUGUAGCGAAAAUCUAUAUCGCCACAACCCAAAAUGGGAUAUUUCGUUGCACUGUAAGACCAAAAACAUUUACUCAUUGGAAGAUCUUUCCUUUGGAGUAGAAAAUGGUUACAAACACUUUCCUUACGUUUGAUUUUGAAUUAUUAUUAAAUGAAAAUAUAAUAAAAUAAAUAAAUGCGUUUGUUAUGUACUGUUUUCUCAAUUGUUAUUAUGUCUUUCAUAUUCAUAGUUUAAAAUAUAAAUUACGUCCUGGAUUGGUGCAGAAAACUCUUCUGUGUUCCGAAAGUGUUUAAUUUAAGGACUGCGGGCAGGGUAUGUCCGAUUAUUUUUAUACUAUUUAGUGAUAAAUUGUAUUAUUAUAGGUCUAUGAUUUUGUGAAAAAUUCUUUUGAAAAA